AUGGACGCGCGGUGCGCGCGGCCGUCGCACGUCCACCAGCUCCACGCGCACCUCCUGGUCUCCGGCCGGCUCCUCGUCGGCUCGCCAGCGCUCCUCCUCCUGCUGUGCGCCGCCUGCCGCGUGCGCCCGUCCCCGUGCCUCCGCCCCCUCGCCCGCCACCUGCUCGACCACACCCCCCACCCACACCCAUACCUCCUCCACGCCGCCGCCCGCCUCGCGUCCCGCCUCCGCCUCAGUCCCCUCGCGCUCCGCCACUACCUCGCCCUCCGCGCCUGCCACCCGGCAUUCCUCCCGCCCGCCCCCGCCAUAGGCGACGUGCUCAGGGCCGUCCCUGGCCGCGCCGCCCACGCCCACGCGCUCCGCCUCACUGCCCACGACAGGGACACAACGCAGUUCCUGCACAACACGCUCAUCGCAAUGUACUUCUCCUGCCGCGACACCGCCCGCGCCCGUCUCGUGUUCGAGGGAAUGCGUGACUGCGACAGGGACGUGGUAUCCUGGACCUCUCUCAUCUCGGGCCUCGUGCAGAGCGGCAGCCCCUUGGAAGGGCUGCGGCUGUUUGCGGCGAUGAUGAGCGGCGAUGUCCGUCCUGAUUUCGUGCUGCUCGUCACGGUCCUCAAGGCGUACAUGGAGCUCGAUGACUUGCCGGGUGCCACGUCGGCUCAUUCCUUGGUGGUCAAGGGUGGCCUUGGCGAUGAGCAGGAUGUCGUGACCACGCUGACGGCCAUGUACGCCAGGUUUGGGUGCGUCGUGGCUGCGAGGGCUCUCUUCGACAGGAUCCCGCCCCCGCGGGUAAACGUGAUCCUGUGGAAUGCCAUGAUAUCGGGUUACUCCAAGAACGGGCUUGCCGACGAGGCAGUGGAUCUGUUCAAGCAGAUGCAGAUGUAUGCGAGGACCAUGACCCCUGAUUCUGUCACGUUACGGUCGGUGAUCAUGGCCUGUGCUCAGCUCGGCUCCACUGAGCUUGCUGUGUGGAUGGAGGACUACGUACGCUGCAGCGAGUACAGGGAGGACGUGCUCGUGAACACGGCGCUGAUUGACAUGUACGCCAAGUCAGGGAGCAUCGCCCGGGCACGCGAAGUAUUUGAACAGAUGCGUGCGCAGGAACGGGAUGUGGUAGUCUGGAGUGCAUUGAUCUCAGGCUACGGGGUGCACGGUUAUCUCGCAGAAGCCGUUGGCCUGUUCGAGGAUAUGAAGCUCGCGGGGGUGAAACCGAAUGAUGUGACUUUCUUGGGGCUUUUAUCAGCGUGCAACCAUGCAGGCGCUGUGGAGAAAGGGUGGUUCUACUUUCACUCUAUGAUGUCUGACUACAAGAUUGAGCCUCGACACCAGCACUACGCUUGCGUAGUCGACCUGCUUGCUCGUGCUGGUCAGCUUGACAGAGCCUAUCGGUUUAUACUUGACAUGCCCAUCAAGCCAGAGAUGAGCGUGUGGGGUGCCUUACUCCACGGUUGCAAGAUGCACGAGCACUCAAACAUGGCCAUGGCUGAGAGGGCAGCGCAGCAUAUCUUUGAUUUGGAGCAGUCCAAUGCAGGGCACUACGUGCAGCUAGCAAACAUGUACGCAUCUGCAGGGAUGUGGAGCCAUGUUGCUGGCGUGCGGAUCACCAUGAGAGAGAAGGGUGUCACCAAAGCAACGGGAUGCAGCUCCAUUGAGGUCGAUGGAGAGAUGCACAACUUCCAUGCUUGGGAUCACUCGCACCCAAGGGCUGCUGAGAUAUUCACCUUACUCUGCCUUCUUUCUCAAAACUUGGCUGUGAGGGUUGAUGGGAAGGGCGGGAGCUGCAGUAGCAGUGGCAUGGAUCAGCGGCCAAACACACCAAAGUCAAAGCAUUCUGCAACUGAGCAGCGUCGCCGAAGCAAGAUCAAUGACCGGUUUCAGAUACUUCGGGAUCUGUUACCACACACUGAUCAAAAGAGAGACAAAGCAACGUUUCUCUUAGAGGUUAUCGAAUAUAUACGGUUUUUACAAGAAAAAGAACAGAAGUACGAGGCUUCAUUUCCAGAAUGGAACGAAGAAAAUGCAAAGUUACUCCCAUGGUCAAACAUGUAUUUUCGUUCAUCCUGGAAAAAUGCACAGAGUAAGGGGCAAAUCGCAGGAGAUGCCUUGCCUGACCCUUCACAAUUCAUCACAAAUGGGUCCUCCCCUGAAUUUAAUAUCACAGCCAAACUUGAUGAUAACCACACCACGGUAGCGUCCGCAGCUGCCUCAGGGGCACCAGAUCAUGCUGAAAUUGAUCAUAUAGCUAGUGUUUCCUGUAGAUCAGCAGAUACUCCAACAAAUAUUCUGAAUAACGCAACACCCCAGUCUCAACCCCAAUGGGCAGAUGCGUCUGGUGUGGAUGACUGUGGGGUGAACAGUGACAUGUUAAAUAACCAGCAAUUGACGAUUGACGAAGGAACAAUCAGCGUGUCAAGCCAAUAUUCCCAAGAGUUACUUAAUACAUUGACUCAUGCUCUUCAAAGCUCGGGUGUAGAUUUGUCCCAAGCCAACAUUUCUGUCCAGAUCAACCUGGGCAAGCGGGCUGUCAAAAGACCUACUACCGCUGGACAAUCCUCCAGUUUUCAGGAGCUCCCUGGUCUAGGUCCUGGAAACGAAAUGAUGGGCCAUCAGCAGGCAAUGUUGGGUGAUCCUGCUCAAGAGCUCCCACACACAACGAAGCGGUACAAGUCGGGGUAACACCCACAUCGACCCUUGCCACAUACUGCCCAAGAUGGAUUGAACAUUCUUUCCUCCGUACCAGCGGAGGCCCCUCCGAUUGCAUGUACAUUAUGUCGCUGUGACCGCACCGGGACGGACGAAGCAAGACUUUGGUGCAUUCUUUCAUUUUAUCUCCUUGCCGCGUUAUUUAUUGUUACAAAAAGAAAAGACAAAGAAGCUUCCAUCGCAGAUUGUGAAGCUGCUCUUGUAGUAGUAUAUAGGCUUCCAUUCACAUGAGAAGUUUCGAUCUACCCCUGUAAGAUAACUCGACCAACUCUACCUGUUAGCUAAGUCAGCUCCCUGGAGUAUGUUAGACUGUUAGUGUGUCCGUUUUACUAUUAUCUGUGAUGAUUAGUGCAAAUGACAUGAAACCUGGAUGAACCCGACUCGUGGAA